ACGUCGUGAGUUGAAUAGACGUCGUGAGUUGUAUAGAAUCUGUCGAGUCGUUAGUUGAGAGUAGGAUUUCGUAUCAUCUACGUACUCAUUAUUAAUUAGGUAACUAGGUAUCUUAGGUACACUUAUAGGCAAGUGUAUUGCCAAGUGUGGUUAAUAUUCUAGGAAGGGGGGAGCAACGAGGUUUAUAUAACGUACUUUCCUAGAAAGAACACCCAUUAGAUAAGACUUCCUCGGUUCAACCGACAAACUUUCCCAAUUCUUUCCAAUCUCUUAUUUCUUUCAAUACUCAGAGUCAUAUAAUUAGGUAUUCAUAGUCAUCAUUCAUCCAGAAUGCCAAUGACGCACUCAGAUGCUACUAUAAGACCUCACAUGUGUAUUCCACCUCCGAACUACUAUCAUUUUCUAGUAGCAGUGAGUGUAACUAUAUUUGCAUAACUGACAAGGACGCUCUAUUACGACAGCCCAAGGCUUGCAGGCUAUCUUACUCAUUACGACCAUCUUACCAACACAUAGCCUCUCAUAUUGCUCUUUUAUAUUACACCUGUAUCGAUCCCAUAACGCGACAACAUGCGUACCGAAGAAGAAACGCAGAAGCUUGUCAGUAUUGCUAAGCUUGAGGAUAAGCUUCAACAGCCCGGAAACCAAUUGAAUGCCUUGAGACUUCUACAAGCACUUACAGUAAAGGAGGUUUACGAAGCUAAACGGCAAUUAGAAUUGAUCGAAGAAAGGUUCUGCAAGCUCCAAGAAGCUAGCAUCGCAGAAGGUGGUCGUAGUGAUAAUUUCGAAAAGCAGCUAGACGAACUUCGAAAGGAUAAAGAAGGACUUCGUUCACUUAUAGCUGAAGCAGAUGCGACUACUCAGAAUACGAAAGACAGCCUUGAGAGCCUCCGUACGAAGGUUAGCGAUGAAUAUUUUAAACUGACGGCGGACAACGCUAGGUUUGGGAAGGACAUAAAGACUUUGAACAAGCAGAUUGAUCGCCAUCAAGAGCAACUAUCCACCGUCGAGAAUGCCCUUGAGGGUUUUCGUUCAAAGCUACCCAAACCUCAGGAUAUCGCUACACUGAACGACACUCUAGCUCGCCUGGAACCCAUGGUGAAAUCCAUGUACGAUAAGGUAGACAAAGUCUCUACACUAACCCUCGAGGAAAAGGAGGCGUUGGCAGAGGCUAUCAGCAAUCAAUCCCGGGUCCGUAACUUUCUCGACAAUUUCGUUCCUAAACAGGAGGACUUCUUCCAAUUUCUCGAGAAGCUCCACGAAGCAAACUCCCAAACAGUAUCGUCUGAAUCCUUCCUACAAGGAGCCGUAAACGAAGCCAGCUUCAACCAUCUCUCCAAUCCCCCGUCGUCAGGACCACAACCACCCCUAAAAGCGGUCCAGAUGCUCGAGCAGUACAACCACUUUAGCAACUCGUACCGCAUCAAGCGCCCGAAGAGCGAGGCUAAAUUUAUCAAACAGUAUCUCAAAAAGAUAGAUCAGAAAGCUGCCUGGUACAUCCAGAUCAAACUUCAGCAGGAAUACCCCGACCUAGUCGGACCGCUUCAGCGCGCGGAGACGAGUAGUAAGACGGCUGUGAUGAUCUUUGUUGAUGUUAGUAAGUUGCGUUGGGAUCAUGUCAAGAUUAUAAUGCGCAGGAUUAAUGGGAAGGAGUUGUUUGGCCUCUUGGAGGCUGAGUAGGGGUUUGGCACGUUUGUGCCGAGCAAAGGGUCCAGAAUGACGAUGACGAUGUGGUCAAGAUUUGCUAUAAGCUUUCCUGUAAUUUAGCUGUGCUAUUCGGUCC